ACAGCCCUUGUAAGACGUACUUCGAGAAUAAGGUAACAGCAGAAUAAUACUCAAGUCCAAACAGCCGAAUUUCAUUCGGAAAUGGUGGGAAAGCCGGCAAUCGGCUUACUGACUUUUCUGUGUUUUACAAGAAGACUUAACGCGGAAACUGUUAGAACAAUGAGUAAUUAUACAGGACUUCACUCAGUGGCUUACGUUACUGUUCCAUCAGAAGAAAUUGCGAAAAAAUUAGCGCAUGGGAUAGUAUCGAAAAAGUUGGCGGCUUGUGUUAACAUUAUCCCGAAAAUCACGUCAGUGUAUGAGUGGAAAGAUGAGAUUAAUGAAGAUAAUGAACUUUUGUUGAUGAUCAAAACAAGGACUGAUACUGUUAAUGCUCUGACUGAAUACGUUAAGAAAAAUCAUCCGUAUGAGACAUCUGAAGUAAUAUCUCUGCCGAUACAGAAUGGUAACGAAGCAUAUCUGAAAUGGAUUGGUGAAAUAGUACCCCCAAUUCAUGAAAGAGAAGCAAUGGAAAAAAAAGAUAAGUAAAAUAUUGAAAAGUUAUGACUGUAAAUUAUUAAAUUAUGUGUCCUCCAAAUUGUAUUUAUGU